AUGAAGAAUGUUUCACUUGCCGCAGCAGAUUCACACAUCUUGAUUGCAAAAGACUCCGUGGAAGACGCAGAUUACGUCAAAGCCGCAGACGAGUUUGCUAAAGCCAUCACAAUUUGCGAAGAUGGGCUGCGAACGUUGUAUGCCGCGCGUGCCAGUGCGCUUUCUGCAGCCGAACAGUUUGAUGAAUGUCUCAAGAGCGCAAAAGAAGCAACUCGACGGUUUCCAGAAGAUGCAUCAUUGUGGUAUUGGACGGGACAAGCUCUCUUUAACAAGAAGCAACUUGCGGAGGCGAAGAAGUCUUUCGAAAAGGCUGCGGUGCUUGAGGGUGUGGCCACUAUGAAAAUGUCCUACUUGGACUGGGCAAGCCGCUGCAAUAAUGAAGCGAAAACAGACAGCGACGAAGUAAUGGAAACCGUUGAUGUCACAGGAGGCUCUGCCCAGACCGUGCCUCGCAAAGCGACAUCGAACUCAGCUACAACUCCAUCCCCAGAAAAGGAAAACAACAGUGGUUCGGUGCCAUUACCCAAGCCCAAGGUAGAUCACACGCGAAUGCAGUGGUACCAAUCCUCGUCGCAUGUCACUGUUGACAUUUAUGCGAAAGAUGUUGAUGGAGAACAAAGCGCCGUAUCAUUCAAGCCUUCCCAUCUAUCAGUGUGUCUGAAACGUCCGAACGCACCCGACUAUAUCUUGGAUAAAGAUCUACAUGAAGACAUUGUCGUAGACCAGAGCACGUGGACAUUUAGUCGAUUCAAAGUAGAAAUUAGACUAGCGAAGGCCAACGCAGGUUCGACGUGGAAGGCCUUGGACAAAGAGGCACAAGUUCUCUCUGCUGUUGCACAAGCUGGUGCGGAGUCGAGACAACGAAGCAAAGCGCAAGAAGAACGGCAGAAGCAAUGGGCAUCUCUCACUGAGAAAGAGUUGGAAAACUACAAGGAAGAUGAUAGUGCCAUGUCCCUCUUCAGAACUUUGUACAAGGACGCUGAUGAGGAUGUGCGUCGUGCCAUGAUGAAGAGCUACCAGGAGAGCGACGGUCAGGUCCUUUCAACCAAUUGGGACGAAGUGAAGAAGAAGAAAGUCGUCUACGAAGGCAAGGAUUAGAUAGACGUCGCUUCCUUGUUUCUACCACAGGAACGUUGUUAUACCGCUGUAAACAUGGUCCUUGUGCAGCUCCACUCCUUUUUUAGGAAAUGCCACUGA